UCAAAUAACUUUCUACAUUAAAAAACAAUAAAGUACAUUUUAAAUUUGAACAAUAACAGCCACUUUUCCCGCAUGCUUGCUGUUACUCUUCAGCCACUUUGCAGCUUUCAUUUCAUUUGCAUUUGAGUUUGCAUUUGCAUUUCAAUGUGCAUUUCAUUUGCUGUUUGCAUUUGCUGCCCGUUGCAGCCUCAUUUCAUCAACAUUGCAGCUCAGCUUGCUGCACAUUGUUGCUGUCAUUUUACAGCUUCAUUUUCACCAUAUUUGCAGCUAAAUUGCUGCCAUAUUUGCUGAAAAUUGCAGCUUCAUUUGCUGUCAAUUUUCAGCCCCAUUGCUGCCAUUUCAUGGCAGUUUCAUUUCUUCAUUUCUGCAGAUUUGAUUGCCACGUUUCUAGCAAUAAUUCCAACACUCAGAAGAAGUUUUUUAUGUUAUUUUUAUUUUUAUUUUAUUUUAUUGUUUAGGUAAGAUCAUGCAUUAAACAUGGAUUUUACCGAGGAUACAACUAGACAAAGCAAGAGACUUGGGGAAGAUGUCACAUCUCAUUCUACUACUAAGAAGGUUAAGGAGUCAAUCUUUUCAGUCAAUACCUCCAAACUUGACUUGAAGCUGUUGAAAGAGGCUUAUGGCUUGUUGUCCUCUAGAGAGAAGCAUGACUUUGAGGUCCGAUUUGGGUGCAUUGGGGAUCUAUUAGAUGAUUCUUAUGGGUUUGAUUGGAAUGCAACGUUAAUGGCUUUGGGAAAGAAAUUGGAAGGCAUGAUAUCGUCUCAAAGGAUUAACUUUGUGGCAUUAGGAAUUUAUGGCAUGGUAGUCUUUCCUAUCUAUGUCAAGACCAUUGCACCUAUGGUGGUAGCUUUGUUUGAGCAAUUGUUGCACACUUCGACAUUUAAUCCUGCUUCUACAGUGGUAGCUGAAACUUUGUGGUCUAUGAAAGAAAUCUGAGCUAAAAGAUUCGGCUGCUUCUCGGGUUGCAUUGAGUUGUUCACUGCAUGGGCACAUGGUCACUUGAGGGGUCCUCAAUUUGAAGCUUUAUUCAGCGUUCCUGUGAAAGAUA